AUGCGCUUCACUUCUUUGACAGUCCUCCUGGUUUCCCUAGUCGCCAGUAUUCAUGCUGGGGUCGCGCCAAGAGAAGCGGACGGCGUCCUUGAGUCCAGAGAGGGAGACGGCGUUGCGCACGCCAUAAUAAAAACAUAUAAAGACAAAUCCUGCAAAGAACUUACCGAAGAAUAUGUCAUGGAAAUCCCAAGAAUUAUGAGGCAUGCGGUGAGGUUAGAUACCAAGGGGAUAAUUGCCAUCACGCCCUGCGACGUGGAAGUUGAGACCACCAAGGGAAAGCUUUCGAUCAAGGCACGCGACACAACGUGCCACCCUAUCGAAGAGGGCAGCGAGGCCGAAUUUGUCGUGGUCGACUGCUCGGGGAAGACUUGA